GGGGACGUAUUUUUGAGCGGUAAGGUACAAAAGCAUUCUGUACUCAAGGCUCUUCAGUUAAAUGUUCCCACAGAUAUUGGGACAUAAAGGAGAUUUAACAGGAAGCUGACAUGCCUGUAAAAGCUUUUCAGACGUUCACCAGGAUGGUUUGGGGAAGAAGUUUAUUAGCUGCUGGACAUCUCAGAUGCAGCUGUCAAGCAAAGAUACAUUAUAGCUUUCUCCCAGAUGAUAUCAAAUCAGUGCGGUCUGUGGUCAACCCUGAUAUUUCCAAGAUCCGAAACAUCGGCAUCAUGGCUCACAUUGAUGCAGGAAAAACAACCACCACAGAGAGAAUGCUUUAUUACUCUGGUUACACAAGAAUACUGGGAGAUGUGGACGAUGGAGACACAGUCACAGAUUUUAUGGCUCAGGAAAGGGAACGUGGCAUCACCAUCCAGUCAGCAGCCGUUACGUUUGAUUGGAAGAGCCAUCGGAUAAACCUUAUAGACACCCCAGGACAUGUUGACUUCACACUGGAGGUGGAGCGGGCGCUCCGAGUUCUCGAUGGGGCUGUUGCUGUGUUGGACGCCUCUGCUGGUGUUGAGGCUCAGACUCUGACAGUGUGGAGGCAGGCGGAGAAGCACCGCAUCCCAUGUCUGUGUUUUCUGAAUAAGAUGGACAAACCUGCAGCAGACCUAAAUUUCUCCAUUGAAAGCAUAAGACAGAAACUGAAAGCCAGUCCAAUCCUCCUGCAGAUUCCUGUUGGCAGCGGUAAGAACUUCACAGGUGUGGUUGAUUUGUUAACCAAUCAGAAGCUUGUGUGGAAGCUGAGAUCCACUAGAGAUGAUGGACGAGUGUUUGAGUCAGAGGCUCUCAGCCAGUCUGAUGAUCCUGACCUCCUGCAGGCAGUGGGCGAGGCCAGGACGGCUCUGAUUGAGCAGCUUGCUGAUCUGGACGAUGAAUUUGCUGAGCUGCUGCUGACCAGUUUUAGUGAUCAUUUCGAUGCAGUUCCUUCCAUCAGACUCCAAGAGGCGGUGCGACGACUCACUUUGGCUCGUAAAGGAGUCCCUGUGCUCUGCGGCAGCGCGCUGAGAAACAAAGGUGUGCAGCCUCUCCUAGACGCCAUCACUGCGUACCUGCCUGCUCCGAACGAACGGCACCAUGAUCUGGUACGGUGGUACAAAGAUGACUUGUGUGCGCUGGCCUUCAAGGUUCUUCAUGACAAACAGCGUGGUCCUCUAGUUUUCCUCAGGGUAUACUCAGGUACUCUGAAACCACAGACAGCCAUCUACAACCUGAACAGGAGCAGCACUGAGAGGAUGAGUCGACUGCUGGUACCUUUUGCAGAUCAGCAUGUAGAGAUCCCUUCAAUGACCGCAGGAAACAUUGCACUAACUGUAGGACUGAAGCAGACAGUCACAGGAGACACCAUCGUUUCAUCCAAAGCAUCAGCAGCAGUUGCAGCUGGCAGAGCCCAAGAUGAGCGUCAAACAGAGACAGGCUGUGGAGAUCGAGACAACAUCAUCCUCUCUGGAGUGGAAGUCCCUGAUCCUGUCUUCUUCUGCACCAUAGAACCUCCCACCUUGGCCAAACAGGCGGAUCUGGAAAAUGCCCUCCGCUGCCUCCAGAGGGAAGACCCCAGUCUAAAAGUCCGAGAUGACCCCGAUUCUGGUCAGACCAUCCUGUGUGGGAUGGGAGAGCUGCACAUCGAAAUCAUCCAUGAUCGAAUUAGAAGAGAGUAUGGCAUCGAGACUCACCUGGGACCGCUGCAGGUGGCCUACAGAGAGACCGUUCUUCAUGAGGUUUCAACUACAGAAACUCUGGAUCGGACAGUGGGGGAGAGACGGCACGUUGUGACGGUGCAGCUGACAGUCAGGCCUGCAGACGACUCCUCGUGUGACUCAGCACUUACAGAGGAGCUGGAGACACAGCUGUCAACAGAAAUGAAAGAGGCUAUGCAGAAUGGAGUGCACAGCUCAUACCUUCAAGGCCCGCUGCUGGGAUAUCCUGUACAGGGUGUGUCCACACUGAUCCGCCAUGUUGCCACGGAACCAGGGACAUCUCCUACCAUGGUGUCCGCCUGUGUGUCUCGUUGCAUGUUAAAGGCACUGAGCCUCGCAGGCGGCCAGGUCCUGGAACCAGUGAUGUCCCUUGAGGUGAUUGUGCUCGAGGAACACCUCAGCUCUGUGCUGGGGGACUUGGCCCAAAGACGAGGGACGAUCCGAAACAUCCAGAGUCGCCAUGACAACAAGGUGCUGCUGGCUACUGUGCCCUUAGCAGAGACGAUGGGCUACUCAACCAAGCUGCGAACUUUGACCUCUGGCAAUGCUACCUUCUCACUGGAGCUGGACACCUACGAGGCCAUGAACCCUCAGGACCAGAACUCACUGCUAAAAAAGAUGUCUGGUCUGCUGUGAUCCUCAGACGCUUCUGCAACUGAGACUUUCUGUGAACCUCAGACCUCUGAACACUCUGGAGGGGUUUGAACACAGAACUAUUAUGACAAAUAAUUAGCCGCUUCAUUUCUGUACUGGUAUGAUUAUUAUCUCCUGCUGCCAUGAAAUGUGUCAGUCAUGCCUGAGCAAAUAUCUCAAGAACCACCAGUGGCGGCUGCUCAACAGAGGGCGCUAGGGUGCCUCCCCACCACUGACACCACUCACCAUAUUACAUUGAAGACUUAAAAAAAUUAA